AACAUAUAUGAUGAAACUGCCACGUAGAGGACCAGCUGCACGCCUCGCUGCUGGUUCUCCACAUUUGUUCCAACAUUAGGUAUCUGUUUAUUCUGCUGUUUCUUCAGAUGGUUGAGGGUGGCAGCAUGCUGCUGACUGUGUUGAGCUGGCUCUGCUCCUCCCUGCUGGUGUCUGUCAGCGGGGGGAAGCUGCCUGAAGCUGAGGUGAAGAUAGAAGUUCUGCACAGACCUUUUCUCUGCCAUCGAAAAUCAAAGUAUGGAGACAUUCUGCUGGUACAUCAUGAGGGAUACUUUGAGAAUGGGACCAUGUUUCACUCCAGUCGAAUCCAUGGUGACAAGCAGGCAGUGUGGUUUACACUGGGCAUCAGAGAAGUGAUCAAAGGCUGGGAUAAAGGCCUGCAGGAUAUGUGCUCUGGAGAGAAGAGGAAACUCGUCAUACCUCCAGCCCUGGCCUAUGGGAAGGAAGGAAGAGGUAAGAUCCCACCUGAGAGCACACUGACCUUCGUCAUCGAGGUGCUUGAGAUCAGAAAUGGACCGAGGUCACACGAGUCCUUCCAGGAGAUGGACCUCAAUGAUGACUGGAAGCUCUCCAAGCAUGAGGUGAAAGAAUACCUGAGGAAAGAGUUUGAGCGUCAUGGCUACCCUCCCAACGACACUCUACAUGAGAACAUGGUGGAGGAUAUCUUUGCCAAAGAGGAUGAGAACAAAGACGGCUUCAUAUCCUCCAGAGAGUUCACUUACAAACACGAUGAACUUUAAAGUCUCUUUCUGUGCCACGACACGCUCACUCAUGCAGUCUUAUUAUAAGUUCAUGGUGGAAAUACUUUGGUGCAGAGUUUAUUGCAAAGACUCUCAGGUUACCUGAAAGUAUGUCAGCUUUAUAGAAGCAUUGUGUUUGUGUGGUGUGUGACGUAGACUCCUCCUGUGUGAAGAUUUGUGUGGUGUGAUUUGAGCCAGUGGGUUUAUUAAGCAGAUAAUUUCAGUGAUGUUUUGCUUUAGCAGAUUUUUGUAUUUUUGUGUGUUUAUUUGUACAGGAACCUUGAAAACCUCCUGUCGAACAUCUGCAUUUAAGAAAAUUAGACCAGGGUAGAUUUUAUUGUCAUUGUUUGCAGUUCUCAGUGUCACAGAAUAUCUGUGGUAAAAGAAAAGGAGGGAAUGCUUGUAGUGACAGUGCAUCCUGUGGGCAGGUAAUGUAAGAAGAUUUCUGUUACUAAAUUUGGCUGUGAAAUUCCCCUUAAAGUGUUUGUUUCCUUGUUACGAGAUUAAUGCUGUUUACCUUUUUUAGGUCCAUUUGGAAAGAGAGACAGAACUUUGCUUUUUUGUCCUGAAUGAUAAACGAAGUUUGCUGUGUGUUCAAAACUAGUAACCAAAAUGUCAUUAAAUCAGGUUUAUGUCUUUUCAUAUUGACUAGAUUGUGUGUGUUUAAGUUAGACGGUGGUAUUUUUUAUUUUCUAUUAAGCAGUAAAAUGAGUAUUUUUAUAUGGCAUCAGUGACUUUUUUCACGGCAGACCUGAUGACUUGACAUCACAGGAAAAGCAGCUCUGUUUAAUUUUCUGUAAGUGCUCCUAGUAAGCCAGCAUACACAAUACUCAGGCCAUGGCACUGGCACACCUAAAUCAAAUCCAGCCAUUGUCGAUGUUAUUAGACACCUGUUGGACAAGUCAAACUAACCGUGAGACAGGUGCAUUGCACAUGCAUACGCUGCAAUGUAAACGCUGACAGCAUAUGUUGUUCAGCCCUGCUCCUGCAUUUCUCGAAUGCACAUGGGAAAAAAAUAGAAAUCCUUACAUGGAGUUUAAAAUUGGCCUUCUUAUGUUUUAGAUAUUCAAAAGUGUAUAAUAAUGGCUAAUUCUCUCUGCAAGAUACAAUACAAAGAAACAAUGUCUGACAGGGCAAGGGGAGAUUAACUGUACCUGUUAUUUUUAACAAUGUGCUGGAGGCUGUUUUGAGAUAUUGCACAAGUCUUGAACCAGAAAAUGUUCCCAUAGUGCUAACUAGAAUCUAGACUCUCCUGUUUCUACAGUAUAUCUUUGGCGUUGACUUCUUUUAUGCAAAUACAUCAAGACUGAACUCAAUAAGCAAAUGACUGUUCUGUUCAGGGCAGGUUUUAAUAUUAGUUUCUGUUUUAUAACCAAUGUGAUCAAUAAAGUGUCAACUUUUUAAACACUG